GUGUGUGCAAACGGUUUGUACUCAGUUUGUCAGCAGAGUGGCUUUCCGUUUUGAUAAUUUAGAACUGUAACUUUGUCUCUGAAAAAAAGACAUGAUAAGCUAGUUCAGUUUUAAGAUGUUUUACUUAGAAGAUGAUAGUACAGAUGAAGAGAAGAAGGUUCGUGAAGGCCUAUUAAGUGAAACUGAAGGUGUUUACCAUGGAAAGGCCCCUGCUGGUAUCCUGUUUCAAACCAUGAAUUAUGUGGGACAGCUGGCUGGGCAGGUGAUUGUCACUGUGAAGGAACUCUACAAGGGCAUUAACCAAGCUACUUUGUCUGGCUGCAUCGAUGUCAUUGUGGUGCGACAGCAGGAUGGCACCUAUCAGUGUUCGCCUUUUCACGUUCGAUUUGGGAAGCUGGGAGUCCUGAGAUCCAAAGAGAAAGUGAUUGAUAUAGAAAUCAAUGGCGAUGCAGUGGAUCUUCACAUGAAAUUGGGUGACAAUGGGGAAGCUUUCUUUGUGGAGGAGACUGAAGAGGAAUAUGAAAAGCUUCCUGCCUACCUUGCCACCUCACCAAUUCCUACUGAAGAUCAGUUCUUUAAAGAUAUCGAUACUCCUUUGAUGAAAUCUGGUGGAAAUGAAAGACCAUCUCAGAGUUCAGACAUCUCCCACAUGUUGGAAACGGAAACAGUUUUCACUUCAAGUUCUGUGAAAAAGAAAAAACGAAGGAGAAAGAAAUGCAAACAGGACAGUAAGAAGGAAGACCAGACCGCUUCUCCUGCUGCAGAAGAUACCGUGGAUGUGGAAAUGAGCUCUGACGAUGACAAGGGGGCCCAGUCAGCAAGAGGAUCUUCAAAUGCUUCCUUAAAGGAAGAUGAAUAUAAGGAGCCUUUGCUCUUCCAUUCUGGGGACCAUUACCCCUUAUCUGAUGGAGACUGGUCCCCUUUAGACAACCCCUAUUCCCCAACAGCAGUGUGUCCUAAGAGUGAUUCAGAGCUGGAGGUGAAACCUGCCGAGAGCCUGCUCAGAUCGGAGUCGCACAUGGAGUGGACGUGGGGAGGGUUCCCAGAGUCCACCAAGGUCAGCAAAAGAGAGAGAUCUGAUCAUCAUCCUAGGACAGCUACAAUUACACCAUCAGAAAAUACCCACUUUCGGGUAAUUCCCAGUGAGGAGAACCUCAUAAGUGAAGUUGAAAAAGAUGCUUCCAUGGGAGAAACGGUCUGUACCAUAGUGAAACCCAAACCCAGAGCCCCGUGUAAGCAGAUGAGCAGUGCAACUUCUGCUGCAGAACUUCUCGAACCUCCCCUGGAGCCUCCUCAGAUUUCAUCUAUGUUAGAUGCAGACCACCUUCCUAAUCCAUCAUUAGUGGAGGCUACCUCAGAAUCAAAACCUGCAGCUAAAGUAGACUCACCAUCAAAGAAGAAAGGUGUCCACAAGAGAAGCCAACACCAAGGACCUGAUGAUAUUUACCUGGAUGACUUAAAGGCUCUAGAACCUGAAGUUGCAGCCCUCUACUUCCCUAAAAGUGAAUCGGACCCUGGCUCCCGGCAGUGGCCUGAGUCUGACACGCUCUCUGGCUCCCAGUCCCCACAGUCCGUUGGAAGUGCGGCUGCAGAUAGCGGCACCGAGUGCCUCUCAGAUUCUGCCAUGGACUUGCCUGAUGUCACCCUCUCUCUUUGUGGGGGUCUCAGUGAGAACGGAGAAAUUUCCAAAGAAAAAUUCAUGGAGCAUAUCAUUACUUAUCAUGAAUUUGCAGAAAACCCUGGACUUAUAGACAAUCCUAACCUUGUAAUACGGAUCUAUAACCGUUACUAUAACUGGGCUUUGGCUGCUCCCAUGAUCCUUAGCUUGCAAGUAUUCCAGAAGAGUCUGCCGAAGGCCACAGUCGAGUCCUGGGUCAAAGAUAAGAUGCCAAAGAAAUCUGGUCGCUGGUGGUUUUGGCGUAAGAGAGAAAGCAUGACCAAACAGCUGCCAGAGGCCAAGGAAGGAAAAUCCGAGGUACCGCCAACCAGUGACCUGCCAUCAAGUGCAAAGGAGCCAGCCAGUGGCAGGCCGGCUGAGGAUGACUCAUCCAGUGAUGAAGGGUCACAGGAGCUCGAAGAAUCCAUCAAAGUGGACCCUGUUCCCACAGAGCCCCCAAGCCAUGGCAGCACAACCUCCUAUAAAAAGUCUCUUCGACUCUCUUCAGACCAAAUUGCAAAACUGAAGCUCCAAGAUGGCCCAAAUGAUGUUGUGUUUAGUAUUACAACCCAAUAUCAAGGUACCUGCCGCUGUGCAGGGACCAUUUACCUGUGGAACUGGAAUGACAAGAUCAUCAUCUCUGAUAUUGACGGAACAAUAACCAAGUCUGAUGCUUUGGGGCAGAUUCUUCCACAGCUGGGUAAAGACUGGACUCAUCAGGGUAUAGCAAAGCUCUACCAUUCCAUCAAUGAGAAUGGCUACAAGUUUCUGUAUUGCUCCGCCCGUGCCAUCGGCAUGGCCGACAUGACCCGUGGCUACCUGCACUGGGUCAAUGACAAGGGCACAAUCUUGCCUCGGGGCCCUCUGAUGUUAUCCCCUAGCAGCUUGUUCUCUGCCUUCCACAGGGAAGUGAUAGAAAAGAAACCAGAGAAAUUCAAAAUAGAGUGUCUAAAUGAUAUCAAGAAUCUGUUUGCCCCCUCUAAGCAGCCCUUCUAUGCCGCCUUUGGAAACCGUCCAAAUGAUGUCUAUGCUUACACGCAAGUUGGCGUUCCAGACUGCAGAAUAUUCACCGUGAACCCCAAGGGUGAAUUAAUACAAGAAAGGACCAAAGGAAACAAGUCAUCGUAUCACAGACUGAGCGAGCUUGUGGAGCACGUGUUCCCACUUCUCAAUAAGGAACAGAAUUCUGCCUUUCCGUGCCCAGAGUUCAGCUCCUUCUGCUACUGGCGAGACCCGAUCCCCAAAGUGGACCUGGACGACCUGGCGUGAAAUGGCACCUCCAGGGGCGAUCCUCCGUCACUCGCCUCGCAGCAAGGGAAGGUGACCAGCACUUCUGCUGGACAGAGGACACUGGGCUACCCUCCAAGCCACAGGUGCAGAAUGGGACUCAAUGCUGACAGCCAGGCACCAGCAGGCACAGGGAGAGCUCCUGAAGUUGGAACUGCUGUCAUCCUUCCCCUUCCCAGGCCUGGCAGAGCUGUGGCUCAGUGCCCUGGGCACUCGGGCAGGGGAGGACUCGGACCUGACCUUGGAGGCCUGGGCUCCUAUCACUGGUCGUCCUCAUACACGCGCUGUGUCAAGUGUGUGCUGGUGCUUCUUUAACUGAAUAAUUUAAAAGGAAGAAGAAAGAAGCUAAAUAAGAGUGGACCAAAACAUGUAUAAAGUAAAAGUGUUAUCGUUUCCACUGGGCAGUUGAGAGCGUUUCUCUCUAAAACCAGGGCUUUCUUUAUGGGAUCAGGGUCCACUGAGCUGCCAAAGGUCCAGUUAGUGAUUGAUGUUGGUUCACACCGCCUAUGCACAUUUCUUCUGUGGGCGCCUCCUUCCCUCCUGUGGUGAGACAAGACACCUGCUCAGGGGGGCUGCUCUGGACAGGGGCCCAGGCCACCGUCCCAGCCCCCACAGAUGUGGGCUUCUGGGGAAGGAAAGUCCCUUAGAUCACCGUCUUCUCAGCUGUGGACAAAGCCAGGACAGACAGGUGUUGCUGGGCCUGCUUGGUGCCUAUAGGAAGAGUACUGCCAACAGCAGAAGUAGAUUGAACAAGUAACUGAUCUGUUUUCAGAGAGGCCUUAGAAAUGCAAAUACAUACUUGUGUGGGGUUCUGGAAGAGUCCUUUUUUCUGCUCUGCCUGCAGCUCAGUUUCUCCGCCUGGUUGUAAUGAGACAUGUCAGUCUCAGAACAGCACCGGGGGAGGGUUCUGCCCCAUCAGCCCCUCCAGAACCGGGAGCCUCAGUGUCAACAGUCACCUCAGUGUUCGAAGCCAGAGAACUGUUGGAGAGGAGGAUUCUGUACACACACACAGGCCUCAGCUGGGAGGGAAGCGGUGAGCCGAGUUCCAGAGCAGCGAGGGGAGCUGCAGAUCCAGGUGCCCGCUGGGGAUGGUUUCCUGUCCCCCUCCCUCUGCCCACCCCCCAACCCCCGGCGCUUGCCCGUACUUGUACUGUGGCAUUCGCUCCCCCCCCCCCCGUUUUAGUUGGCCCCACCCCAGUGAUAGUGAUCUAGAGAUGGAGAAAUGGGAGUAGUUAUUUUUCCAGAUUGGAGAGUCGAAGUCCUUUGAGUUCAGCUGUUUCUCCCAGCGCUGUUGGAUGCGGUGACAAUGGUAGAGUCCCCUGAACGCAGUUCUCAGUGGCAGAACCUGGAGGCACGUGUUCCCAGAGGAGGAAUGACACCUGCUUCUUCCAGUGCAAACCUGCCCACAUUAAACAGUUCAAAGACUGUUUAAUGAGUUUAUUUAUGUACAGUAGGUUAGGCAAACUAGGUUAUGUUUAUAUGAAAUUCUGCCCAGUUAGCGAAUCAAAAUCCUGGCAGAGCAGCGUGCCGCUACUGAUCUCAUAGACGCCACAGCGUGUCCCCCCCAUGUUGGCUUUAGAGGGAGAACAUGACCUUUAGUAGGGCUUCUCUGCACAUGCACGGUACGGAAAAUCUUCUAUACCUUCUGUAGUGCUUUUCAGGUUGUCCUUUAAAGAGUUUUUGAUUAGACAGUUUUUUUCCCUUGAUAAGCUCUUCCCUCUGGACACACAGGCUUUGUCAAGGUCCAGGCCAGGAACCCGGGUCUCCCAGCCGUGUGCUGAGGGUGGCAGACCCCUCUGUCCCCGGUGUCCAUAAGCACUAGACUUUGUCAUUUUGUUGCUGCAGAUUGAUCGAUCCAGUGGGUACGUUUGCUAAUUAACGUGAGUCUUUUUCCUUAUUUAAAAGGAGUCCCUCUUGCUGAAAGUAGAUGAUUACUAUCACUAUAGUGUUCUGAAAGUAUUAAGUUUGUGCUGAAACCCAUUGCCAUUUGGUACAAAUGACAUUUGUUCUUUCUGUGAAAGAGCGUUACCCUCGAGUGUGUUUGUACACAGACCCUUACGAUGGUGAGUUAAUGAAGCGUUAGCCUCGCGCUGCUUUCGGUGAUGGGUGGUAUCACAGGGUGAUUGCAAGCUGAUCGGGCCUUUCUAAGUCGUUCUCUAGGCUCCCCUGGUGAAACGGCCUUGGCCCGUCUCCCUCUCUCCAGUUCACCCUGACUUGAGUGUUUGUCUUGAUGCCCAUGUGCCGAAGAAGCUUGUCUGGUUGUGUUGUCGACAUCUGCGUCUCUGGCAGGCAUUAGGAAGUGCACGUGCAGGCCCGGAGCUUGCACACUUAGCCCCCCUGUGUGAGGACUGUGUUUGCUGUGCUUUAAAACCAUCUGCAUAGUUUCCAACUGGAAAAAGAAAAAACUUCCUAAUGUGAUGUCCUAAAAUGAAAGCUGCUGAUAAUCACUGGGAGAACAGCCAGGAACAACAGCUACGUGACUGGAAAGUGCCUGUGCCCUGUAGGGACUGCGUGUGGCCCUUUCGGACUUCAUUGUUGAAGGUGUGAGCAAGACCUUUUAAAAACAGGUAGAAAGUAAAUGCUUUCUAGUAAAUGCUAGUUGGUGAAAACAAACUCUUCCAGGAAAUUUUAUCAUCUUUUUAAGUUACUGUGGGAAGCCUUGUUUUCCUCUGCUUUAGAACAUGCUGUGUUUAAUGAAACCGGUUAAAAAUGGAGUUUUUGUUUAAGUGCUCUUUCCAGGUGAAAACUAGUUUUUUUGGUUUGUUUGAAGGUAAGAAAGGGAGGGGGUAACUUUGUUGUUUUAAUUUAAUAAUUACAUUCAGUCUAUGAUGAAGUAUUUGAUUAUUAGCAAUGCCACUAACAAUUUUUGAGUUGUCAGAAAUUACUUGUAAACAUCAGUACAGUACUCAGUCACGGCAAAGACAGUUAUCCUAAGAUAAAUGGCUCAUAUUUUGGUGCAGUGUUUGAUGUUCAAAACAAAAUGUUACAACAAUAAACAAACGUAAACUGAG